AUGAGAGAAGAAGUCAAGAUUGAUAUUGCCGAAGUAAAAACUCCAUUAAAAUUGGUCUGGAAAGAGAUGGCAAAGAGAGGUUUAGUUACUUCAGAUUUUGAGGAGGGGUACGAGACCGAAAAUUAUUGUGAAUUCCACCAUAAAACGGGGCACGAAAUCCAAGAAUGUGAAGGAUUCAGGGCUUUGGUUCAAAGCAUGAUGGAUAACAAGGAGAUGAGGUUUUAUGAAGAUACGGAAGAAAGAAGGAACAUAUGCGCAACAGAGUUAGGAACAGGGACUCCGAAAAUAAAUCAUCCUGUGGUCAUUAUCUCACGCCCUAAGGUUAAUGAGGCUAGGGCUCAAGUAACACUGAAAAUUGUAAUUCAGAAACCAUCAAAUUUCUUAUAUAAGGAUAACAAAAUGGUGCCGUGGAAGUAUGGGUGCAAUGUGACCAUCCUGGGAAAAGAAGCGGAAAAAAGUCAGGAAAUAGGUUCUUACACGCGCAAUGGGAAACGAUAUGACACUCAAGCAGAGUCGUCUAGGGAAGAGAAUUGGAAGAAAGAACAGAAGAAAGGGAAAGCAGCAGAGGUUGAGCCAUUGGUUAACGAACCAAUAAAAGAAGAGGAGGCAAAAGAGUUUUUGAAGUUUCUGAAACACAGUGAAUACAGUGUUGUGGAACAACUGCACAAACAGCCAGCCCGUAUUUCUGUAUUAACUUUACUCCUAAGCUCUGAAGUACAUCGGAAUGCACUUCUGAAGGUACUAAAUGAAACAUAUGUGGCUGACGAUAUUUCGGUAAACAAGCUGGAUCGGUUGGUCAACAAUAUAGGUGCUGACAAUUUUAUCUUCUUUAAUGACGACGAAAUACCAUCCGGAGGUAGGGGUUCUACUAAAGCCCUGCACGUUACUGUCCGAUGCAAAGGGUACACACUCCCGGGGGCCCUGGUUGAUAAUGGAUCUGCACUGAAUGUAUUGCCUCUAUCCACUCUUAGUCGAUUACCGGUGGACAGUUCGCACAUGAAAGCAUGCCAGAGCAUAGUAAGGGCAUUUGAUGGGACAGAAAAGAAGGUUAUGGGGAGAAUUGAGAUUCCGUUAAGGAUUGGCCCAAUCACUUGUGAGGUGGACUUCUUGGUAAUGGAUAUUAAGCCUUCCUAUAACUGUCUAUUGGGAAGACCGUGGAUACAUUCAGCCGGGGCAGUACCUUCAUCACUACAUCAGAAGGUGAAGUUGGUAUCGGAGGGUCGGUUGGUGACAAUAGAUGCAGAGGAGGAUAUUAUCGCAAUGAUGACUAGUGAUGCACCUUAUGUGGACAUCAACGAUGAGGACCACCAAAAUGGGGUUGCGAUUGAUGGUAGGAAGAGGAGCCUCACCUGGGAAAGGAUUGGGAAAAUAUCUGCAGGGAAGGAUUGA